UUGCUGGAGAAAUUUUUUCAAGUGCGGAAAAGAAUGCUAACUCACGCAGUGGUAGCACCUCCUUCCCUAUGCCCUGGUCAUUCUCAGCUAUCUAAUCAAUUGCUAUUUCCUUAUAAUCCUAAUUAUGGGCUCAUGAGAGCAAGAAGAAAACAAAAGGUUUCUCCAUUAAAGGCUGGCUUUUGGGAUUCUAUCAGAUCUGGAUUUUUGAAAAAUAAUGCAACACAAGUUAUUGAACCACCAUCAACACUCCCUGAAGAAGAAGAACCUUUGCCUCAGGAGAUUGUUCUACUUGAAAGGACUGAACCAGAUGGGACACUUGAACAAGUAAUCUUUUCUUCAGGUGGAGAUGUUGAUGUUUAUGAUCUCCAAGCCUUAUGUGACAAGGUUGGCUGGCCUCGGAGACCAUUAUCAAAAGUAGCUGCUGCUUUGAAAAAUAGCUACAUGGUUGCCACUUUGCAUUCCAUCAAAAAAUCACCAGAGAGAGAGGGGAAUGAUCAGAAGGAGCUAAUUGGUAUGGCUCGUGCUACAUCAGAUCAUGCUUUCAAUGCUACCAUAUGGGAUGUCCUUGUUGAUCCUCGCUAUCAGGGCCAGGGUCUUGGAAAGGCCCUUGUUGAGCAGCUAAUAAGAGCUCUACUGCAGAGGGAUAUUGGGAAUAUUACUUUGUUUGCAGACAGUCAAGUUGUUGAUUUCUAUAGGAACCUAGGGUUUGAAACUGACCCAGAAGGCAUUAAGGGCAUGUUCUGGUAUCCGAGAUAAUAGCUGCUUUCUAAUGGUUGCAAAAAUUUGGUAGUGCUUUGUCACAUUAGAUCAUGUUCCGUUUGUACGUCGUCAUGGGUUGUUAUCCAUUGCCAUGGAUUUGUACUUUCUGGGAAAUAUGUAUUUCAAUGUUAAUCAUGGAUUACAUCUCUUACCUUGAUGUAAUUAUAUAGGUUGUAACCAACAUGAUUAUUGAAUUUCAUCAUU